GAGAUGUAUGGCAAAACUGUGCCAAAACAGUCUAAAAGACGAGUCACUCUUCUUCUAUUUCAGCGGAUAUGGUGGCAAUCAGGAGGACCUUGACGGAGAUGAAUUGGAUGGAAAGGACGAGUUCAUAUGUCCAUGCGAUACAGAGAAGAAAGGACCUAUCAUAGAUGAUGAUAUGUAUGAUCUCAUGGUCAAGCCAUUGUGUGCAGGAGCACGUUUGACAGCUGUCUUUGACUGCUCAAACUCAGGAACUGCACUUGACCUUUCAUAUAUCUACUCGUCUGAUGGUCAAAUUAAGGAAAAUAGCUCUAUGAAAGAGGAAGAGAAAAAUGUCUUUAGAAUGUUGGCUCACAGACGUACUGCGAUCAAGCUCUUCUCAUCUUUCAUGGGAAUUGAAAAAAGUAGCACCAAAACAAAUGUAAAAACCGCAUUAAACCUCAGAUCGACGAAAUCACCUGCGGAUGUUGUUAUGUUCUCGGGAUACAGUAGACAUAAUGCCUCAGUGGAUGACGAUGUCUCUGAAAAAGCAAUUGGUGCAUUGAGCAAUGGUUUUAUUAAUGCCUUAAAACAGAAUCCUAAGCAAACAUACAAGGAACUUUUGCAAAGUGUUCAGCAUAAUAUGCCACAUCAAUAUAAACAAUCUCCUCUUGUAAGCAGCAAUCACCCAAUUGAUUUCAACCAAGUAUUCUUUUGUUAAUGCUUGUAAUGCAAUACAUCCACAUAUAUAUUAUAUAUACAAAUAUACCACAUAUAACCUU